AUGCUUGCAGACGUGUUCGUCAUCAUAGAGGCGCCGUUCACCUUCCGUGGGGACCCCAAACCAUUGCACUUCCAAGAUGCCAUAUGUCGCCGUUUUGAGUUAUUUGCCAGCAAGAUAGUGCACAUUGUGAUCGAGCGAGAUACGACCGACCCGGAUAUGGAGGUUGCGGCAUGGCAUCGCGAGUUUCAAAGCAGGCUGGCAUUCCAUCAAGUGGCAGACAAGCUGGAUAUCCAGCCCAGUGACAUCAUUUUUCAGAGCGACACCGACGAGCUGCCCACCGCAGCGGCUCUCCUGACCGCCAGAAACAUCCCAGUAAACGGGUUGUCUGCAAACGAUGUGGCCAUCCCCGUGGUCGAUCUGCACAUACAGGGGUACAGCCUCUCUCUCUCACAUUUUGCUGAAGCAAGCGCUGCAAUCCAGCAGCCACUGGCACUAAACCCCUGCGCGGCAGUCGUGGGCGGCCCAGCUGGCCCAGCUGCGCGGCAGAGCCUAUGCUACGAAGUGGACCGUCUCACCAGCAUUGAGGCGCCUCCGAUCUGGGCUCCGCAGCUGAUUCUGCAGGGCAGGACGGCAUGCGAGCGGGUACAGCUGGAGUACCUGCGAGGGCUGCUGGGUGUGCGGGACAGCACCCCAGCCCUCACUGUGCUGGCAGAGACGGGGCAGCUGCCGCUGCCCGCCUACUGGACCUUGCAGGUUGCACGCUUUGUGAGCAACCUGCAGGCUAUGGGCGGCGAGCGGGUCGCCCGUCUUGCCAUGCUGGAUAGCGUUGCGCUGGCUGCCGACACGGACACAGGGCUGCCACUGGCCCGGCAGCCCUGGGCAGCGCAGGUUAGCCGCGUUCUCGCGGCGGCCGGCGCCCCCUGCGACUUGACUGCUGACGAGGGGGUUGCCAUACCUGAAUUGGCGGAAGCGCUCCUGGAGCGCCAUGUUGCCUCGUACACGCAUGCAUCCGUGAAGGUGCAGCGGUACAUUGAGGACGUCUGGGGGGGCAGCAUCUCUGCGGAGGCCUACACGCCUGCGUCGUUCCUGUGCGAUGUGCCCGAGCGCCGGCGCCGGGUGCGCCUGGCGCAGUGGCGCACGGGGUCGCACUGGAUGGCUGAGGAGACAGGCCGGUGGCAGCGGCUGGACCGCACCCAGCGCCCAUGCCCCCACUGCCAGGCCCCUCUAGAGGACGUACGCCACGCAGUGUAUGACUGCCCCCUAUACGCUGGGCUGAGGGAGGAGUAUGCUGAGCUCUUCCACAGUCCCGGCCACGCCUUGCCCUCCCUGGCCGCCUUCCUCGGCCAGGCCAGGCAGGGCCGGCUGGCCCGGUUUGCCGACCGGUAA